AUGACUCUGCUGUGGUUUAUACCAUUUCUUCUUCAUCAAGGAUAUACUUUAGUUCCUGUCAUCACAGUUCAGCUUGGGGAUCCUAUAUCUUUGACUUGCCUUUUAACUGGAAAGGUUCAGGUUCACUGGUACAAGCAGAGUGCAGGAACUACCCUAAAAUUAAUUGCAAGGGUAUAUCAAAGUAAGAAUCCCAUCUAUGGACAGGGAUUUUCAGCCUCAAGAUUUGAAAUUACAUAUAAUGAAAACAAAAGCGAGUUGAUAAUUUUGUCAACGGUUGAACAAGAUGAGGGGAUGUAUCACUGCGCUCAUAUAGAUUGGACUCAAUCUACUUGGACUGGGACUUAUUUGACAUUGAGAAGAAACUCUCACAAGACAUCAACCUACACUGUUGUUCAGGAGAAAUCUGUUUCUGAUCCCACCGGUCCAACAAACGUAGAGACUCUGCAGUGUUCAGUCCUGUCUUACUCUGAAAACAGAACUUGUUCAGGAGAACCUAGUGUGUUCUGGUUCAGAACCAGAUCAGACACAUCCUAUCCAGACGUCAUAUACAUCGAUGAAAAAAUAAAUCAAAAUUGUGAAAAGCCAUCAGAUAAUCAGAAGAAAUGUGGUUACAACUUCUCUAAGAAAGUCAGCUCCUUUGAAGUAGACACCUAUUAUUGUGCUGUGGCUACAUGUGGAGAGAUAAUAUUUGGAAAUGGAACCAAAGUGGCGAAGAGCAAUCAAGACAAAACAAGUGGUGAAAAGACUGUGUGGAUGAUCAUUUUAAUCAGCUUGGCCAUUUCUGUAAUCUUCAAUAUUAUUUCUAUUUUUUACUGUACUCGAAGAUCAGUCUGUAUCCAAUGUAAAGAAAGUUUAUCUUCUCAACCAAAUCACAGGAACUUAAGACAACCAAUAGCUGAGAGCGAAAAUAGGCAGGAUCUAGAUUAUGCUGCGUUGCAUUUCUCUGGAGGGAAGGAGCAAAACGGAAAGAAGAAAAGGCAGCUGAAGACGGAAGAAAGUAUAUAUUCACAAGUGAUAUUCAAUAGUGAUAGUUAACAUAGGAAUAUGCUUGACAAGUCAAGUGACAGAUGCCAGUAUCAUAAACUCUAGACCUAUGCUGAACUCUGACAUUCUGAAUUAUCGCAAAAAAAUGUUAAAUAUUUUGAGUUUUAUUUUAAAUUAAUGACAACAAUGAAGUUUUGGUAAUUGUAAUUGUAGCAAGGUUUGCUGUUUUAUUAGGAUAGUAUUGGUAGAAGGAAAUAUCUUUCUUGGAAAUUAAUAUUC